AUGGAUCCUACCAUGACCGAACACGAUUAUCGAUUUCCCCGACGGCCUGGUCGCACCGGUCAAGUCAAGGGCCAUGGCGGCCCCGGGCAUCUGAACCUCCACUCGGCCGGUCCUGACCUUCCGCAGACGCUCGCCUCGGCCCAUGGCAACCUGCUCGGCAGCGCCUUGUUCCCCUCGCUCGAGAACGCCGCCGCCGCCGACUCUGUCCAGUCCGUCGACCAGCUUCGGCAUGACGACCCGCUCGCCGCCCAAAUAUGGAAGUUCUUCAGCAAGACCAAGUUGCAGCUGCCGAACCAGGAGCGCCUCGAGAAUCUGACUUGGCGCAUGAUGGCUCUCAACAUGCGCAAGCAGAAACAAGAGGAUGAGGCUCGUUCGGUCGAGGCACAGCACGCCGGGCUCAAUUGUCCCCGGACACAGAAUGCGCCCAGCGGCAUCGCCCAAUUGCGAAACUCGUCAGACAUUCACCUCGGCAACAACAACUCGGACGCCAUGAACCUCGACGACCUCAUCUUUGCCGAAGAUGUCGCCCCUGCAGCCGGUCUCAUGUCCCCUCCGCCAGCUCCAAAGUUAAACGAUGCAAUCUCAGCUCGUGACCCAUCCACCACGGCUAUUCCCAUCAAGCCUCGCAAGGAGUCUACCAGUUUGCUAGCUCCCCAGUCUGUACCGCAUUAUCAACGAACGGGCAGCAACGAGUUCAAUUACGUCCAACGUCACCACCGCAAGACGAGCAUUGACGAGCGUCGAACCCGAAAACGUCCAGCCAACUUUUCUCCUCACUUGCUUGCAGUCAACAGCAACACAGCUGGAGGAAACUGCCAUCUUGAAGCGGACUCGGAGCUUCAGGGCUAUUCUCUGGACAACACCGAUCCAGUAGCCAUGCAGCAACUGAAUCAAGGCGGCAACUCGGCCGUUUCCUUUGCCCUUGACUCGUACAUGGAAACCGACGCGGUAAUGAACCAGGCCGCACACUUUCAACAAAACUUCUCCUUUUCCCCUUCUAGUUCUCCAAUGAUACCCCAUGGUCCUUUCUCCAACAUGUAUAAUACUAGCUCUUCAGUCCCAACCUCCUCCAUUAACGCCGGGGACCUGUACUCACCCCUCGGCUCUGCCUAUCAGUCUACUGUAUCUACACCUCUGGCCAUGGGCGAUGGCGAUGGCUUGUACUUUGGCCCGCACGAUGGUCGGCACCCUCGAAAGCAAGGAAUCAUGCAAGGCCCAACCCGACGAUUGACGGGCAUUCUCGGCCAUGGCCCGCAGUUCAUCCACAACAGUGCAAACGGUGGAAGUCAGAUGUAUUCGGGCCCCGGAACCGAGUCGGGCUCUCUAUCCACAUUCAGCACCGCCCCAAGCUCGUUCAGUCAUAUCGACCCGAGCCAGGUAUUCCAGACUGAUAGCCAAGUCACGUCUCCUACAAUGCCCAUGCGGCCAGAAAACAUGCUUCCAUUCGGAGCGGAUUCGGACGACGAGGACAGCGCCGCCGGUCUCCAGAACCAAAACAUGCCCAUGCACGGCGACUAUUCAUCGUCAAUGGAUGACAUGGGGUGUUUGGGUUGGGAUGCGUCUCUUCCGGGGCAGUUUAGCACCCAAGCGGCUCGUUUCCCCGGCGGCCUUCCCCGCAAGCAAGUCAUGAUUGGAGGCACCACGACCGACUACGUUGUCGACAACAGUGACUGGGAAAAUCUUGGACUGGGACGCUCGCAUUCUUUCAAAGAAAGCGACAAGAGACAUGAAAAGAUCCCUCGCACGGCAUCGACGCCAUCGCACCUGGCGACGAAGCACAAUGGCUUCGAGCACACCGCCCAAAGCCUACCCACCUCUCCGCCUGGGGAUCACGAUCAACCGCCCCCCGAUACCAUGUCUGGACUGUCAUCUGCGGCGCCCAGCGGCCCGUCGUCCCCAGCAGCGCCACCGCCGCCUGCAAAGCGGGCUUCCAGCACCACCAACCUACAACCCGCGGGGGGUGGCGCGCAGAACGAUGGCGGCGCACCGACAACAUGCACCAACUGUUUCACCCAAACCACGCCCCUCUGGAGGCGCAACCCAGAAGGUCAACCACUCUGCAACGCGUGCGGGCUUUUCCUCAAGCUCCACGGGGUGGUUCGGCCUCUCAGUCUGAAGACAGACGUCAUCAAGAAGAGAAACAGGGGAUCCGGACCGAAUGGCGCAGGCGGUGGUCCGAGAUCUAGAAAGAAUGCCGGCGGAUCCGCGGCUGCGUCUCGAAAGAGCUCGACCCUGUCCAUGGCCACGGUGGCUGCUGCGGGCGGCAGCAGCAGCAACCUCGUCAUCAAUAACAACAGCCUGUCUCCUCCGGCCUCGCGAAGCGUCUUGCCCAAGGACAGCGACAGUCCCGCGGCGAGUUCCGGAGCCAACACAGCCGGGAGCACCCCCAACAGCCACUACGGCAACCAGGGCUCCUCCUCCAGCGCUGCGGCAGCCGGAGGAAAAGGCGUGGUGCCCAUCGCUGCAGCUCCGCCCAAGGCCACUCCUGGCCCUGGGGCGUCAUCUUCAUCCGCGUCACGAUCAUCGGGCCCCGCACCCGUCUCCUCCUCCAAACGCCAACGCAGGCACAGCAAGAGUGUCGGCGCAGACGCUGCUUGCGGCAUGGAUAUCGACAGUCCUGCCGAAAGCGUCAGCUCCAGCGACAUGUCGCGGUCCAUGGUCACGACGCCAAACAUGGCAUCCCUCUCAUCGACCAUGCUAUCCACCAGCAUCGGAAUGACCCCUUCACGACAGGCCAUAGGCCACGGCCACGUCAUGUCGCUGGGUCAUCAUCAACCAGGUGGCCCGCAGCAUCACCCCGGAGGACCGUGCACAAGUACCGGUCCGCAGGAAUGGGAAUGGCUAACAAUGAGUCUGUAG